GCUAACCAAUCCAACCAACUCGCCGAAAUUAUUUCAAGAAAUCAGGAGAGAAUUUUAUGAACGUGUGUAGAAAGAGGUAGUUUAAAAACAAUGGAUUACAAAUAUGAACAGACUAGUGAAGUAGAAGCUCUAGAUUCAAUUUAUUGUGGUGAUAUGCAAAUUUUAGAAACCAAACCCUUUCAUAAGUUCAGCAUACCUAUAAAGUCUGAAGGAUACGAUGAUGGAGAGGGUCUGGCGUGCAAUCUGAUAUUUACAUACACGGCGAAGUAUCCCGAGGAGUUACCAAUCAUUGAACUAGACAAUGAAGAUAAUUUCGACGAUUCUGUACACAAAAAUGAACUACUUGAACAUUUAACACAACAGGGUACAGAAAAUCUUGGCAUGGUGAUGAUAUUCACAUUAGUAUCAGCCGGCCAAGAGUGGCUCAAUGAGAAAUGGGAUUAUAUAAAAAAAGAAAGGGAAGAAAGAAUUCUAGCAAAACUAAAAGCUGAUGAAGAAGCUGAAUUGAAACGUUUUGAAGGUACCAGAGUAACUGUUGAAUCGUUUCUAGCAUGGAGAAAGCAGUUUGAAAUUGAUAUGGGAAUACCUGCAAGGAGAGAAAGGGAAGCUAAGGGAAAGGAUAAGUUAACUGGCAAAGAGUUGUUCUUGAGAGAUACUACACUUAACGAAUCUGACUUGAAAUUCCUGGAUGAUGGUGAUGCAGUCAAAGUGGACGAGUCUCUAUUCCAAGAUCUAGAUGAUUUGGAUAUCUCCGAUGAAGACGAUGAAGAUUAUGUUCCUGGACAAAGUGGCAGUGAGAGUGAUUAGCACAAAGCUACUCACUGCGUCAAUGGACAGCAGUGACAAUUCUGCAAAGACAGUAUAAAUAUAAGUGGCUUAUUGCAUCUCUGUGUGCAUUUUAAAAGCUAUGAAUCACAUGAAUAGCAAUUAUUUGUAUUAAUUGCAAAGUCUAUUUGUGCCUCAAACCGAGUUUUUACAUACCUAGUGAUUAGGAUCACUGGAGCAAUAAAAUAUUAUUUAUUUAAAUUUUUAUCCAUCAUUAGCAUCAGUUACACACAAACAACUGUACAUAUUGGCCCUGAGAUUUCCAUUGUUACUACUGUAGAUUGUAUGCAUAAUGUUACUGGUUAACUAAAUACUCUAAUAUUAUUGUUUACAAUAAAACAGAACAUACUGUAGAAUAGUUUUUAUUUACACUUUGUCACUAUAAUAGGUAUAUACAACAAACAAGUGAAAUAAGAAAAAGCUAACUGGAUUGCUUAAAAAAACAUUAACUGCUUAAGUAACUAAAUGGCAGGUUGACAUUUUGCUAGUGAUGUGUACAACAACUCAACAACAAACUUACAUAUUUCUGCAUAAAACACCAAACACCAUACUUCAUCAGCAAAAUCAAUAGGAGUGAGUAAAACAUGUCAACAUCAACAAAACAACUUGAGCAAACAAAACAUAAUUUAAUAAUAUUGUAGGUGCUUACCUAUGAAAUUAUCGAUAUUUUGGCAUAAGAGUAAUAUUAAUCAACUGGCUAUGUUAAAAGCCGAUUAAAAAGAUCACAUUUUGUUGUAAAUUAAAUAAUCAAAAACAGUUCUUGUCAUUUAAUGAUAAGAUUGUACAGUAUCAAUAUUUAAAGUUGCUGUAAUUUAAUUCUUGUUCUCAGAUUUUUUUAUUUAUUUAUGUGUAAUAUUGAUUCUUCACACAAAGCUAUAAUUUCAUAGUUAAGCACCUUAUACCAAUGACCUUACUUCAAAUGCACUUAGGGUUACUAGGGUGACUAAACUAAACA